UUCGGUAAAAGACAACGCCGGUCAAUGCCAUUUUUGAUAACAUCAGCCAUUUUUAAGUAUGAAAUACCACAUUUGCCCUAAACAAAUUACAAAAACAUUUUCAUUUUUAUUUUUUACUUAAAAUUACUUAUAUACCCCAAUUUUAUAUGCCCUCCACCACCACCCACCUCAACUAGCCCUAGAUUCAGACACUCAACCACAAACCCUAGAAACAGAUCGAGACCCAAUUCCGUUGCCGGCAAGCUUGCCAUUGCAUGAAUCUCUCUACAAAUUCAGAGUAUUGAUACUCUUUAACGUUCAACUCAGAGUUGGAAUUCAACUCCGGAGUGGCCUUGUGAGUUCAGGAACUCAAACUAUUGAAACCCGUCAAAACAGGGGAAUUUGAGCUCUAAUUUGCAAGAAAAGUAGCGUCACAGCCCAAAUCGAAGCCAUUGUCAAAAAGUUGUUGCAAACAACAUUAAAGAGUGAAGAGAAACAAGAUUUGGGUGGCAAAAACGACUGUUAUCUGUGAUGGGUCGAGGGUAAAUGCCGCCUAUGACAGAGAACAGGAGGAGGACGAGUCCAUUGGUUGUAACAGCAGAUUGUGGUCAGUUGGGUUUGAACAGAAGGUCAUGUUCAUGCCCUUGAAUUCAUGGUAGUUUGGGAUGGUGUGGAUGUCUUGGUGAGAUGGGUUGAGAGCAUUGUUUAUAUACCAGUCACUUUCGAGCAUGGAUUUGAAGGUAGAGAGAGAAGCGUUCAUGUCGUCAUCCUUUGUAUCCCCAUCGUUGUUUCUUGUCCACAAAACUGCGUCGUCCUCUUCUCCUCCCAUCCAACCGACGCCGUUAGCCCUUGGUAGCAUUUCAGGCUCUCUCUCUCUCUCUCCUCUGCUUUAUUUUUUUGGGUUGUUCCUUCUUUAGAGAGAAAGAGAGAGUGUGUGUGAGAAAGAGGGAGAAGGCGCAGAGGUAGAGAAAAAAGGGCAGUAGCUAAGAGUAUCAAUACUGUGGAGUAAAUUCAGAGUACAAAUUUUGCAGGGCCGGCGGCAAUGAUGGUGGUGCUACUGAUUUUGCAGGGCUGGCGGCGAGGGUCUGUUAAGGCCGACAACGACAUGGUCUCCAGCGGCGGCGGCGGUGACGAUGUGGUGUUGAUUGUCGUGGUGGAGGAAAAGGAGUGCUGUAGAGGGACUUGAUCACAGCCAUUAACAGGGGAGCCGAAGAGGGUACAGUGGUGAUGAAUAGAAGCACAGGAGCCGUUUGAGAGGGUAAGCUUGGGUUGUCACCGGAACGACAUGAAUUAGGUCUAUUUGGGUGCUUGGGAUUGACCGUAUAGAUAUAUAUACACACACAUAUAUAUUAGGCGUUUGCUUUAGAAAACCAAAAAUUAGUUGCCGCCGGUAAGAGAGAAAGAAAGAAAGGAUGGACGGCGGUGGAGGGAUUUAUUGGCGAAUCCCAGUUUUAACAGGCAAGCCCCAAGCAACAAUGAAAAGGUUACAGAACCGAGAGCUCCAUUAACGCUUGCAAAUUUAGGGCUCAAACCAUGAAAGAGAGCUAUUAGGGUAUAAGUGUCAAUUGAUAACUUGUCAUAAUUAUUAAUAUAUAAUGGAGGGUAUAUUAGUACAUUUACAUAGAUUUCUAAGACUACCUUCCCGAGAUCGCAUUUAAGGGAGGUCUUGUAAUAUUUGAAACGUUAAGAAUGUUAUGUGUCAUUACGCUUAAUCUCAUAGAAGGUAAAUGUAAUUAUCCCUUCUAAAAAUGAUCACUUGAUGAAGUUCAUAAAUAAACCGAAAAAACAAAAAAAUAAAAUCAUAGAUUAUUGCCGUCUCAUGCAAAUCAAUUCACUAUCUCAAAGGAAAUAGUUAUAACUCUAUUUCAGUCUCACAUCCGCUACUCUCUGACAAGACUUAGUCCUUGAACAAUUCAGGCCAACUCUUGCGACCCUGCCUCGAGUGGCUACGAACUCCAGUCUUACUAUAAAUAGGGGUCAUCACAUGGCUAGAGAUGAUAAAGAGAACCAAGAGUUUUGGUGUUUCGUGAUAGUUGUCUUCACCAGCCAAUUCUGAAAAUGAUGAGCGGAGAAAUGUUGUUUGAACAUUUCAAAGUGUUGGUUGUGUUUUUUUUAGUAAUAUUGUGCUUGAAAAUGAAACCGUCUCUUGGAUUAUUCAGUAAUUCAAGUGUUGGUAAAGUAGCGAGGUGCAUAGAGAGGGAGAGAGAAGCUCUCCUUUAGUUUAAAGAAGGGCUCGUUGAUGAUUAUGGCGUUCUUUCUUCUUGGGGGAACUCAACUGAAGAGUGCUGCAAAUGGAGAGGAGUCCAAUGUAGCAACCGCACUGGUCAUGUGAUGGCGCUCGAUCUUCACAGUCGCUUAGACUGGUCACAACAUGAUUAUCAGCGUUUGAGAGGUAAGAUUAGUCCUUCAUUGCUUGAAUUGCAGCAUUUGAAGUAUUUGGACCUCAGUUCAAACAAUUUUACAUGGAGCCAUUUCCCAGAAUUCAUUGGUUCCUUUAGCAGAUUGCAAUUCCUCAAUCUUUCAUAUACUCGUUUAUUCGGUAUGAUUCCUAAUCAGUUUGGGAAUCUUUCUGAAUUGCGUUCUCUUGAUUUGGGCCAUAAUUAUGAAGUGAGUGUAAAAAGUUUAGAGUGGGUUUCUCAUCUUUCUUUAUUAAGAUACCUUGAUCUGACCAAUGUUAAUCUUAGCAAUGCAAUAGAAUGGAUGGAAGCACCCAAUAAGCUCCCUCUCCUAACGGAAUUGCACUUGACUGAUUGUGGUCUCCCUCUCCAUGGUAUCAUUUCACCCCAACUUCCAUUGACAAAUUCUUCUGCAUUGUCUCUUGCUGUCCUUAAUCUCUCUUUUAAUUCUUUCAAUUCUUCAAUAUACAGUUGGUUUUUCAAUUUCAAUACUAGUCUUGUUCAUGUAGACCUUUCUUAUAACAAUUUACAAGGUCUGAUCCCUAAUUCUUUCGGAAACUUUAAUUCCCUUUCCUAUCUUUCUUUCUGCGGCAAUCAACUUGAAGGUGGGAUUCCAAAAUCCAUUGGGAACUGUACUAGUUUACAAACAUUGAAUUUGGAUUCGAAUCAACUUGGUGGUUCUCUGCCUCACAGUAUCACAAGACUUGCAUCUUUGAAGGAAUUGUAUCUUGAUGGUAAUCAAUUGAAUGGGUCUUUACCAGAUUUAACCGGACUAUCUUCAUUGAGAGAGUUGUAUCUUUCAAACAAUCGAUUUGGUGGGUCUUUACCAGAUUUAAAAGGAUUAUCUUCAUUGAGAGACUUGGAUCUUGCAAACAACCGAUUGAGUGGGUCUUUACCAGAUUUAAAAGGAUUAACUUCAUUAAGAGUGUUGUAUCUUAGGAACAAUAGCUUGGUUGGACCACUACCCAAAAGUAUUGGGCAACUUUUAAUGCUUGAAAUGUUGAUCGUCGAUUCAAAUUCUUUACAAGGUACAAUCUCUGAAACCCACCUCUCACAUGUCAACAACUUGAAGUAUUUGGACUUGUCUGAUAACUCGCUAUCUUUAAACUUCAGUUCUGAUUGGAUUCCUCCUUUUCAACUCGAUUACAUAGAGUUGCGGUCUUGCCAGUUGGGCCCUCAUUUCCCAAACUGGCUUCUAACUCAAAACAAUUACUUUUCGCUUGAUAUCUCUAAUUCUGGAAUUUCAGAUAUUGUCCCUAGCGAGUUUUGGAAUUUAUCUCCUAAACUGUCUAACAUAAAUCUCUCUUCCAACCACAUGAAUGGCAUGGUGCCUGAUUUGACAUCAUUUAAGACAGUUUUUUAUCCUAUGAUAGAUUUGAGCUAUAAUCGUUUUGAAUGUCCAAUGCCACUAUUUCCUCCCAACAUCACAUUUUUGAAUCUCUCUAAAAAUAUGUUUUCUGGGUCAGUUUCUUUCUUAUGCAAGAUAACCAAUGAGCUUCUCAGCUUUAUUGACCUCUCAAAUAAUUGAUUAUCAGGGGAGCUUCCUGAUUGCUGGAUGCAUAUGCAUGAAUUAGUCAUCCUUAAUUUGGCUAACAAUAAUUUCUCUGGAAAAAUUCCUAACUCUAUGGGUUCCCUCUAUCGAAUUCAAACAUUGCACUUACACAAUAACAAUUUCACUGGAGAAUUGCCUUCGUCAUUGAAGAACUGUAAUCGUUUGAAGAUCAUUGAUAUGGGAGAAAAUAAAUUAUCAGGAAAAAUACAAGCAUGGAUAGGGACAAACUGGACAAGUUUAAUUAUUCUUAGUCUACGAUUGAAUAAGUUGGAAGGACACAUACCUCUGGAAAUAUGCCAUCUAAACUCUAUUCAAAUCUUGGACCUCUCCCAAAACAAUAUAUUUGGGAUUAUACUGUCGUGCUUCAAUAAUUUUAUGGCUUUGGUUUAGCGGAAUAAAUCUGAAGGAAACAUUGCUCAUCACUAUAGUGCUUAUACAAGUCGUUAUACUAGUUAUGGUAAUAUGUAUGUAGAUAAUGCAUUGGUGCUAUGGAAAGGGAAAGAGAGUGAGUACAAAAAUAUUUUGGCACGAAUAGGAGACAUUGAUCUUUCUGGCAAUAGAUUAGUUGGAAAAAUUCCAGAAGAAAUCUCGAGUCUUGCAGAAUUGAAUUAUUUGAACUUUUCGAGAAAUGAAUUGAAUGGACUUGUCAUUCAAAAGAUUGGUGAGAUGAAAAUGCUAGAAUCUCUCGACUUGUCUAGAGAUCAGCUAUCUGGUGAGAUUCCUACAAGCAUUACUCGUUUGUAUUUUCUUGCUGUCUUGAAUUUGUCAAAUAACAACUUGUCCGGGAAAACUCCAUCAAGCACUCAAUUGCAGAGCUUUGAUGCCUCUGCAUAUUCUAGAAAUGAUGAACUUUGCGGGCUUCCACUUCCCAAUAAGUGCCCAGGAGAUGAAACAACUCUGGAAUCUUCUGUCGGUAAAGAUGAUAUCAUUCAAGGAAAUGAGGAUGGGUUCAUAAACUGAGAAUUUUAUGUCAGCAUGGGGCUAGGAUUUGGGGUUGGAUUUGGUGGAGUCUUUGGCACUUUACUGCUUAAUCGUUCAUGGGAACAUGUCCUUUUCAAGUUCUUAAACAACAUAAAAGAUUGGUUCUAUAUGACAGCAGCAGUGAAAAUGGCCAAAUUGAGGAGGUGGCCUCAAAGCUAAUAGCGGCGAAUAUGCCCAUAGUGUGGAGGCAGCUUCAUAGCUAAUAGGUAAAUAUAUUUUUUUGAUGCUUGUGAAUUAGCUGCACUUUCACUCCUUGAAUUUCUUUUUCCAUUAGCUAGAUGUUCAAUAUUUGAAUGACACUAUAACACUUCAAACACAACUAAAAAAAUUUAAUUCCUCUCGUUGCAAACUAACGUUAGUUGUUCAAUCUCACAUUUUGAUUAAACGUAUUGCUUACGUUGUUUAUAUUGUUCUUUUUCUUUUUUCUUUUUUUUUUUUUUUUUUUUUUUUUUUUUUUUUUUGCAUUUUCGGUGUAUUCCACUUCAAGUUCUUGCAGGGACGACUUCGAGUUUUGCAUACCAUCAAGUGCCGCAGCUGUCUCCUAAGCCUCUCUAUUUCUUGAAGAAUAAAUUGUAUAACUAUUCUCUACAUUACUUGUACUAGAUUUAGUUAGUGUUGAUUGAAGCACAACCAUAUGGUGUUGGACUAUCUGUAUGAGGAAUGGUUGUGGCUUACAAGGCAAUCCAAAAUAAAUAUAUUACAUAGUUUGUCGUCUAAUAUUUGCUUUCAAAUGUACCAUUUAAAAUAGGGUUUCUUGAAUAUUAUUAUUGGCAAGGCCUUUUUUCUAGAUGUAACUCAUGCUCAAUUAAUAAUCCCUUAAGAGGGGUUCCUUUUUUUUUUUUUUUUUUUUUUUUCAUAAUCUCGUUUUCUAAUUCGAUACUUAAUGUCAUCCUCCUCUAACAAGUUCAGCCCUGAAACAAAGUAAAGCAUGUAAUUUUACCACUAGGCCAACUC